AUGAAUCCUAACGCCAUGGCGUUUGAGCCCAUGGAGGAUCCCAACGCCAUCGAGUAUAAGCCCAUGGUUCCGGCCUGUAUGGCUCCCCAGUAUUUCUUUGCGAGCACAAACCCCUCUACAUCACCUAACGUACCCACGUUGCAGCCAGGUGCACCGGAUACUUCUGUGGUGAAUACGCGACCGCUCUAUACUCCGGCCCCUCCCUCAUACCCUUUACCAGCACAAACCCAGCAGCAACGCAAUAACCUUACCUCAUCAAGAUGGGCUCGAACAGAGCCGCAGAAUCCACCUGCAGCUCUAACUGAGCACCCAAUGAGCUCGUCGAGAUGGGCUACACCAAAGCCGGAAGCCCCACCAGCGACUUUAAGCGAGCAACCCCUGAACACGGCACAGGAGGAACCUAAGCGAGAACAUUAUGUUGCACCCAUCGCUACCCUUGUUCCCAUCGCUCCCCUCGAUCCAGUCGCAAAAAUUACUCCUCUUGCUACGGCUGCCCGAGUUCAAGAGCAGCCUGCUUCCUGCAAAACCUGCGAACAAUCCAACAUGGAGAAAGAGCAGGCCAUCGAGGAGAGAGACACUGCUUUACUCCAGCUAUCUGACAAAGAGGAGCGUCUUGCGGCAAAGGAGGAGGAAUAUAAACACAAGCUUGGUGUGUGGAAGGGCGAACGAGACGGCCAAAUUAAGAACUAUAAGGACUUGGAGGAGAGAAAAGACAAGCAUAUUAAAUGGAUGGAGGAUUGUGCAAAGAAGCGAAAGGAGGACGAAAAGGCGCUUGAAGCCAAAAUCGCGGUUCACGAGGACAACGAGUAGGACUAUGCUUUUGAGAUUGUGGCACUCAAGGAUGUUGAGCAGGAACUUGAGAAGGAUAUUUGCAACCUUCAAGGCGAAAUCGCACAACUUCGUGGCCAAGAUUUGGAGCUCACUGUGGACUAUCAAACCCUUGAAGCCACUAGUUCAGAGCGUUUGAUCGAUAUCACGAGUCUCAAGGACAAGAAUGCUCAGCUGGAGCGCAAUUCUAGCAACCUCCAAGCCGAAGUUGCGACGCUUCAAGGCCAGGCUUUGGAUCUUACUACAGACAUUAAAACCCUCGAGGGCACUAACUCGGAGCAUUUGUCUGAGAUUUCGGGUCUCAAAGGCAAAACUGCUGAGCUGGAGUACAAUUCCAGCAACCUCCAAGCCGUUGUUGCAAAGCUUCAAGGCCAAGCUUUUGAGCUCACUAAUAACAUCCAAAUCCUGGAAGGCACCAAAUCCGAGUAUUUGAAUGAGAUUGCGAGCCUCAAAGGCAAGAAUACGGAGCUGGAUAGUACCUCUAGCAGCCUCCAAGCAGAAGUAAAGAAGCUCUCUGUGGACAUUCAAACAAUGUAAGGCACGAACUCUGAGUAUUUGACCGAGAUUGUGAGACUCAACGGGAAGAAUGGUGAGCUGGAGAGUACCACUAGCAGCCUCGAAGCGGAAGUUGCAAAGCUCUCUGCGGAAAGCAAAGCCCUUUCGGACACAAAUGCUGAGCUGGAUGUCACUUCUAGCUACCUCCAAGCCGAAGUUGCAGAGCUCUCUGCGGAAAACGCAGCCCUAUCGGACACGAACUCUAAGCAACUCCUCGAAAUUGCUAGAUUUAGCGAGAGAUCCUUGCAAUUUGAGCGUGAGGCAAGCUCCCUCCAAGCCGAAGUUACAAAGCUCUCUGCGGAGAAUAAAGCCCUAUUGGAUACGUACUCUGCGCAACUCCUUCAACUUACGAGCUUGAACGAGAGCUCCUUGAACCUCGAGCGUGAGACAAGCUCCCGCCAAGUCGAAAUGAAGAAGCUCUCUGCGGAAAAUACAGUCCUAUUGGACACGAACUCUGCGCAACUCCUUCAAAUUACGAGCUCCAAGGAGAGAUCCUUGAAAUUUGAGACUUGAGGCGAGCUCCCUGCAAGACAAAGUCACCAAUGUCACGGCGGAGAACCAACACCUUCAUGCCGACAAGACCUAAACAGAAGCAGAUCUAAACACGCUCGGUGGAUUCUUGAAGGCCUCACAAGAAAUCUGCGAAAUCUCCAAUUUGCAACGUAUUACCCAUGCAAAUCACAUUGUCGAGCUGGAGACUACUCUGAAGAAAUCACAGGAGGAAUUAAAGACGACAAAAGACGCAUUGGAGCAAAAGGAGAGCCAGUUUGAUAACCUCCAUUGGUUAUAUUCCCAAACAACCAAGCGGGUUGGGACGCUUUCAUCUAAGCUAGACAGAUCUACUGGUAUGCAGUGGGAGCUGUUUGCAACUCAGGCUGAGGUAGAGAGGUCUAUUAUUGAUCUUCGCGAACAAGUUAGGGAAUUGAAGGCUGCUGCUGAGCAUGCGAACGAACGCCUCGCUUCACAGACUCUGAUGCUUGAAAUCCAGGCGAAAUCGUUGGAGCAGGCUAGGAAGCGGGCUUUGGGGGAACGGGAGAUGGCUAGAAGGCUGGUUUGGAGGAACGUCUUGAGCGUUUCAGGGUGGAGAAGUCAAAAGAGGAAAUGCAAGGACAGAAGGCUAUUACCGGCUACUCAUAUAGCAAGGUGCGCGCCAGAUUGGGUGUUUACGAGUCUCGUCUUGCUACGUUCAACCCCAAGUGUUGAACAUCUCCACGCCCCUGUCGACCAUCGAUAUUGAACCCGUACUUGAGGAGGAAGUCGAGGAACCCGAAGCUGUUCAGAAUCCAGAAUCUCGCAUGGUCAACCCCAACUUUCUGAGCCUUUCCACACUCUCCACCAUCAAUACCGAGCCCAUUCCCAUUCCUGAGGAGGAUGAGCAAGUCGAGGAACCCGAAGUCGUUCAGACUACAGAUUCUCAUACGGUGAAUCCUAAUUCGUUGAGCAUCUCCACACUCUCCACCAUCGAGAUUGAGCCUACCGCUGAGGAUGAGCACGUUGAGGAACCCGAAAUUCUUCAGGAACCAGAGCCGAACACCAUCAUCAAAGUCUCCCGCAACCGCUUCAAAAAAGGCUGUCUCACCGCCCUCCGCUAUGUUCGAUUCUUAGAGAUGAUCAUUCUCGGAUUACUUUCUACAUUCAUCAUACUCAGCCUCCUCCUCUCCAUCACAUUCCCCGAGAAACUCACUCCCAUCAUAUCCUCUCUCGGUCUCAAAGACGCCCCUCUCAGCCCCGACACCCUCGCCCAAAUCGAGGGCCAAAACAUCGUUCCCCUCCUCCCUCUCCCAAAGCUCCCUGACUACUUCUCGCCCCUCACUCGUGCUCUAGAGUGGCGAGAUAAAACCGUCAUGCCUUCUCUCAACUCCUUCGCAGGAAUCCAAUCCGCUAUCUCCCCAGUUUGCGUGGAAGGAAUGAGCUUAGGACCGGAUGCCCUACUUGGAGAGAGAUUGGACUUUACAACACAGGCUACACAACAGCCAUGGGCACUCUUAGCCGUCCCAGUUGCAUUGUCCGUCGCUGCACCGCUCUGCACAUGCGUCGGAUGGGUAGGCGGGCUACUCAUCAACUAG